AUGGAGAAAAGAGGGGAUGUAGCUCUAUGUUGUUUGGCUUUGUUCUUCUUGUGGACUUCAGUGGCUGGUUUGCUUUCUCCUAAAGGUGUCAACUCUGAAGUUCAAGCUCUGAUGAGCAUUAAGAACGCUCUGGUGGAUCCAUAUUCUGUCUUGGGUAACUGGGAUGGUGAUGCUGUAGAUCCUUGCAACUGGGCUAUGGUCACAUGUUCUUCUGAUCAUUUUGUCACUGCCCUUGGAAUUCCAAGCCAAAAUAUAUCUGGCAAACUCUCAUCAAGCAUAGGCAACUUACCUAACCUCUUGACUGUGCUUCUGCAGGAUAAUAAUAUAACAGGACCAAUCCCCUAUGAGAUUGGAAGGCUCCAAAAGCUUCAGACUCUUGAUCUUUCUGACAAUGUAUUCACUGGUCAACUUCCAGAUUCUCUUGCCCACAUGAAGGGUCUCAAUUAUUUGCGGCUAAACAAUAACAGUCUCACUGGACCUAUUCCUUCCUCUUUGGCUAACAUGACUCAACUUGCCUUUCUGGAUAUCUCUUAUAAUAACUUGAGUGAACCUGUACCAAGAAUAAAUGCAAAAACAUUCAAUAUUGUAGGCAAUCCUCAGAUAUGUGCCACUGGAGUCGAGCAGAACUGCUUCAGAACAACGUCAAUUCCUUCGGCUCCGAAUAAUUCUCAAGAUACACAAUCCACCAAAAGGCCAAACAGUCACAAAGUAGCCUUGGCGUUUGCUUCAAGCUUAAGCUGCAUAUGCUUACUAGUUCUGGGACUUGGCUUCCUCAUCUGGUGGAGACAAAGAUAUAACAAGCAAAUAUUCUUUGAUGUUAAUGAACAACACCGUGAAGAGCUUUGCCUUGGAAACCUCAAGAAGUUCCAUUUCAGAGAACUUCAGCUUGCUACAAACAACUUCAGCAGCAAGAACUUGAUUGGCAAAGGUGGUUUUGGAAAUGUCUACAAAGGGUAUCUCCAAGAUGGUACAGUUAUAGCAGUAAAAAGGCUCAAAGACGGUAAUGCCAUUGGAGGUGAGAUCCAAUUCCAGACUGAAGUUGAGAUGAUCAGCUUAGCUGUCCACCGGAAUCUUCUUCGACUAUAUGGAUUCUGCAUGACAGCUACAGAGAGGCUCUUGGUUUAUCCGUACAUGUCAAAUGGAAGUGUUGCUUCCCGUCUGAAAGCCAAGCCAGCUUUGGACUGGCCUACGAGAAAGAGAAUAGCUUUAGGAGCUGGAAGAGGCUUGCUAUAUUUGCAUGAACAGUGUGAUCCAAAGAUUAUUCACAGGGAUGUGAAGGCAGCAAAUAUCUUGCUUGAUGAUUAUUGUGAGGCUGUGGUGGGAGAUUUUGGGCUGGCAAAGCUGUUAGAUCACAGGGAUUCACAUGUGACAACAGCAGUGAGAGGCACUGUAGGGCACAUAGCCCCCGAGUAUCUCUCAACAGGUCAAUCUUCUGAGAAAACCGAUGUGUUUGGUUUUGGAAUUCUUCUUCUUGAACUAAUAUCUGGCCAAAGGGCUCUUGAGUUUGGGAAAGCAGCAAACCAGAAAGGAGCCAUGCUAGACUGGGUGAAGAAAAUCCAUCAAGAGAAGAAAAUUGACCUGUUGGUUGACAAGGACCUGAAAAACAACUAUGACAGGAUUGAACUUGAUGAAAUUGUGCAAGUGGCUCUUUUAUGUACUCAGUACCUUCCAAGUCACAGACCCAAGAUGUCUGAAGUGGUUAGGAUGCUUGAAGGAGAUGGUCUUGCAGAGAAAUGGGAAGCCUCACAGAGAGCUGAAUCAACAAGAUGUAGAGGAAAUGAACUCUCCUCUUCAGAGCGCUACUCUGAUCUCACUGAUGACUCUUCACUACUUGCACAAGCAAUGGAACUUUCUGGGCCAAGAUAA